AUGCCGGACAUAUCCAGUCUGACUCAUUACCCCUUAAAGGUAAAUAUAUCGUUGCUGCAACAUUGAAUUUGCCACUUCCUUGAAUAAUCCUACACUAGAUUCAUUUGCUUCUUUCUUUAAAGUACAAUUCGUUGCACGCCGUACUUCUCUUUACUUUCGUUUCAUUUUGCUUUGUUAUUGCUUUACGCCCGCGCGAUUGCGUGCGACUAUUAUUUCUGUUCGAUAUCCAGUGUGUCCGAUUACGAGAAGAACAGAUGUCAGAUAAUCCUCUGAAAUUGUAAUUGCAUUUCACGGACGCUUUACCGUAAUCACGCCUUUCGGUGAUGAUGCAUGUUUUCCCGAAAGAGUGAAACAGAAUUAUGUAAAGGCACACGGCAAUGAAACAAUUCCGUAACCCGUUUGACAAGUUUCUCGUGUUAUCGAGGCGGUUGUUACCGUACCGCAAUUGCAUUUUCAAGUAUCCGUUGCCUAGAAACAUUUUAUUCACUUUGCAUUUUGAGAUCAUGUUUUAUGAUCUUGUCGGAUUUUUUCAGGUGAUAUUUGCAAUUCAUUUAGUCCUAGUAACAUGGUAAGAAUAAAUUUUUUGUUCACUGUAUAUUAAUGUACAAUUUAGAAAGUAUUACAAAGCAUUGCAAUUCGUGGAAUGCAUUUGUACACUACAUAGUUAAACGAUGAACUUUUAGGAGCGUUCAGGGAUAUUGGUGUCCUAAGUCUGUAAUGUUUUACAAUUUUCUUUUCUUCGUCUGCUUAUUAUGGGCUAUUCACAAUAUUGAAUCAGAUGAACCUUUGCAAUUUAUGCAUCUGAGAAGUUUAGCGCAGCAAUUAUGAUCAUAAACAUGAUCGUUCGCAUCGUCACAAGCGUAUAUCUUCUGCGAAUAGGCCAAGCAAGAGGUGGAUGUUUAGCCACAAUGUUCGCUACGAGUCCUGCAAUGGGCUUUGGUCGACAGGAUUACGAGGACAUAUCUCACCCAAUUCCACAAAAUUCCGAUUUCGCCGGAGUUUAAAAACACGAUAUGACGUUACUACUAAAGUUCGAUACGCGAUAACAUUGCAAAAUCAUAUCUCUCGUAGCUCGUAAGAAAAUCUCUAACAACGAUAACGUUCAAUGCAAUCUAGGAUUUUAAUUUGUCGAUACGCGAAACACGGAAGAACCGUAUACAUUAUAUUAUUAUAAUAAAGCUCGAUCCAACAAUACGUUUCGUACGCAUUCGGACUAUAGAUUUUAUUCUGUACAAUUAUUUGUACUCGCAACAUGUGAAUAAAAAUUCUCACUGCAACCGAG